UCUCUCUUCUCCUCCGUUCACCUGCGAUCGGCGGAUGCAAGUCACACACGCUCCCUCCCCUCCCUCCCUUCCCUCCCUUCGCUCUCUCUCCUUUCUCCCUCCAAGUUCUCAAAGAACAAACAAGCCGCCGCACCCGCAGCACCCGCAGCUCCGCGCGGGGCAAAGGAGAGCGCCAGCCGAGGGGUGCGCGGCGCCGCGGAGGGCUCCAGUCACCACCAGCCACCACCACAGACCCCCCCGCACCGAGCCGGGAACCUGCAGCGGGGAGAAAGUUUUCCGAUCGCUCUCCUCGCGGUUUUCUCCUCCUCUCUCUCCUCCCUCUCCUCCUUUUUUUUUUCUAUCCCUUUCCUUUUUUUUUUUUUUUUUUAAUUAUUUUUUGCACGGCGGUCGCUACCUCGACACGAACGGGCUUCGCCUCGCUCCGCUCCCCGUCCUCCCGGGCUUCGUCCUCUCCUAUAUGUGAUUCCUUUUUCACUCCUGGCGCCGGUGGAAAAUAAAAAAGCUACUUGAAUGUACAGCAUGAUGAUGGAGACGGACUUGCACUCCCCCGGCGGAGCCCAGGCCCCCACGAACCUCUCGGGGCAGACCGGAGCGGGAGGAGGUGGUGGCGGCGGCGGUGGCGGCGGCGGCGGCGGAGGGGGGAACAAAGCGAACCAGGACCGGGUCAAGAGACCCAUGAACGCCUUCAUGGUGUGGUCGCGGGGCCAGCGACGAAAGAUGGCCCAGGAGAACCCCAAAAUGCACAACUCGGAAAUAAGCAAGCGCCUGGGGGCCGAGUGGAAAGUCAUGUCGGAGGCCGAAAAGAGACCCUUCAUCGACGAGGCGAAGCGGCUGCGGGCGCUGCACAUGAAGGAGCACCCGGAUUAUAAAUACCGGCCCCGGCGGAAGACCAAGACCCUGCUCAAGAAGGACAAGUACUCGCUGGCCGGGGGGCUGCUGAGCGCCGGCUCGGCCGGAGGAGGCCCGGCCGGCGUCGGAGUGGGCAUGGGCGUCGGCGUCAGUCCCGGCGGCGUCGGGCAGCGGCUGGAGAGUCCCGGCGGCACGGCCGGCGGCGGCUACGCUCACAUGAACGGCUGGGCCAACGGCGCCUACCCGGGCUCGGUGGCGGCGGCAGCGGCGGCAGCGGCGAUGAUGCAGGAGGCGCAGCUCGCCUACGGCCAGCACCCGGGCAGCGGGGGACACCCGCACCAUCCGCACCCCCACCACCCACACCACCCGCACAACCCGCAGCCCAUGCACCGCUACGACAUGGGCACUCUGCAGUACAGCCCCAUCUCCAACUCUCAGGGCUACAUGAGCGCCUCACCCUCGGGCUACGGCGCCCUGCCCUACGGCUCCCAGCCCCACCAGAACUCGGCGGCGGCUGCGGCGGCAGCGGCGGCGGCGGCGGCCGCCUCUUCGGGGGCGCUGGGCGCCCUGGGCUCUCUGGUGAAGUCGGAGCCCAGCGUGAGCCCGCCCGUCACCUCACACUCGCGGGCCCCGUGCCCCGGGGACCUGCGGGAGAUGAUCAGCAUGUACUUACCGGCGGGAGAAGGCGGGGAUCCUGCGGCAGCAGCCGCCCAGAGCAGGCUUCACUCUCUGCCCCAGCACUACCAGAGCGCCAGCACGGGGGUGAACGGCACCGUCCCCUUGACGCAUAUCUGAGACCCUGCCGCCCUCCGGCACUGGCGCCGGGAGUGGCGGAGGAAGGCGCGGGCACCGGCAUCGGCCUGGCCACCGGCCCCGGCCGCUGCCACCGCCUGCUCCUGUCCCGCCCGCCCGCCCGUGCCCCGGCCCCGCUACAGGCCCCGCUCCCGGGAUCCCCCCUCUUAUUUUUGCCUCUCGCUUCCCUUCCCUCCCAGCCUCCCCUGCCCCUCUUCUUUUAUGUUUUGGUUUUUUUCUUUCUUCCUUCCUUUUUUGUACAGAAAUGUUUUGAUGUUCUUGUAAUAAUAAUAAUAAAUAAUAAUAAUAAUAACGAGAGAGAAAAAGGUAACGGUUGCUUUACUUACCUUUUUUUUUUUUUUUAGAAGAACUAGUUUAUGAAACCAGUUUUAGACUGAACUUCUGUGUUUUAUCGAGACUUUUUGUACAGUAUUUAUCAUCACCCAAGAGACAUAGAGCGUUUAUUUGCAAAAGAGGAGUGGGAAAGGGAAAAAAAUACUACGGCGAAAAGGCGAAAAUUGUCUAUAAUAACCACACAAAGUUGUUGUAGGUGAUGCCAACUUUUAUACCGCGCGGAACCGGUACAAUUUCGGUCACGGAUCGCUUCUUGCGAGGGCUUUUUAUUGCCUAAUUAACUCUAAGUUGAUGGGGAAACAGUUCUCAUUUAUUACUCAUGUACUAAGGCGAACCCAAAACAACACUUAAAAGUUUUCUGUAGAUGUUCUAGCGUUUUUGUUUUCUGGGGUUAUUUUUUUUAUUCAUUUCGUUAUUUAUACAACUUUUUUUU